AUGCAGUAUCCGCUCAUUCACCGCGCUUGGGGCGACAGCGAAGAAAGUGUCUAUGUGGUCCAGCUCCCGUUCAUCCGCCUCAUACAUAGCGGAGUCUUCAUGGUGUCGGUUUUCUUCGUCAUCAGCGGCUUUGCUCUCACGUAUGGGCCCUUGAGCAAGUCUUAUGCAGCCCAAAGCGCGCCAGGCGGGCAAGGCCCCAACCCCAUCAGUUCUUUUCCAUCUAGCAUCUUCCGGCGUCCGUUCCGACUCUUCCUCCCGACCAUACCUAUCAUCGCGGUCUCUACCGCUUUGGUUCCCUUCAGCGCAUUUUAUGCCCUCAACAGCACCGAGCCUAUGGGACCUGUUGCCGAUGGCUUCUGGAGCCAUGUGUAUUACGUCUGGACCACAUUGAUAACCAUCAUCACCUCCGGCUCGGCCAACACUGUCAUGCCUCAGGGUUGGACUCUGGCAGCCGAGUACCAAGGAUCGUUGCUUGUCUUCCUGGCUUGUAUGGCUUUCAUCAGGAUGUCACCCAUGGUGCGAUUGCCAGCCACUAUCUUACUUCUCAUCUACUCCUUCAACCUUCAAAGAGCAACCAACUGUCUGUUUAUCGCAGGAAUGUUCAUCGCCGAUUUCCGACUUUUCCGGGCGAAGCUGCCAGAGUUACCAAAAAUGGUUCGUACGGUCGUCACCGUCACAUCAUGGCUGCUGCUUGUGCCCAUUAUCUUCUUGGGCUGCUGGCCGAUGCAUGGCGAUGCCACCCAAGCCCCUAUCUAUUCGUGGUUUACUGGCUUCAACACAACUAGACAUAAUGUUUUCUUUGUGAGAUCUCAGCAUUGCCAUCAAUGGUUCUUAUUUCAAGAUCCUUAUCUCAAAUCUCUUUAA